AUGCUCAUUCCGACUCCCCCGAGAGAAGAUGAGGUCGGGAUUUCGGAAUACCUUUCUCCAGACGUGCCCGGGUUUUCCGGCAUCUUCAAGUCGCUGUGGCAGGAUUUCCACGUGCACGAGGUUGACCCGCAUGGUGUGGAGCUGCACCUGAGCGAGUUGAUCAGUCCUGGGGCGGUGGCCGCGGAGCUGAAGAAAGCAGCCGAGGAGCGACGAGAAGCUCGAAGCGCUUUGGGUCCAGACUUUGCCUUCGAAGCAUCUGCAGCAAACGAGUUGCGAGAAGCACUGGGACAAAGGAUCCUAGAACAGCUUCUCGGCUUCCUGAAGAAGCAGCAGUCGCAGCAGACUGAAAUGGGCCAGGGGCCGGCGGCAGCGUCAAAGGAGGGUUCUCCGGCAGUGUCCGCCGACGAGAAGGCUGUGGUGGCGGAGCCUCCCGGCUAUGUGGACCUGAGCACUGAAGAGAUCAGCGAUGGAUCCAAGGAGGCUCGGAAAAAGGCCCACCAAGUCGUUCUGAAGCAUUUUUCCAGCUUUCUCAACACAGAAACGGUCGAGGCCGAUGGCAGCCGAUGUAUCCGCGUUUGGAUGCGUGAGGCCGAGCGGAAGGCCAAAGCGCCGACCGCAGCCUCGCCAAGCCCACAGAGCUCUGGCAAGGGAGCCAAGAAAGGGAAAGGAAAGGCUGGGAAAGGGCGAGGCAAGAACAAGGGGAAGAGUGGCAAGAGCGAAGGGCCUCCAUCGGAAACUGUCCCGUCGGCUUUCGGUGCAAUGAGAAGAGAGGGCUGGCCAAAAGACAGACCUGACUACUUGUAUUUCCGCCUGUACAAGGAGAACUGUGACACAGGGGAGGCAGUUUCUAGUAUUGCACGCUGCGUUGGAAGAUCUGCGAAGCAGUUCACCUUUGCAGGCACCAAGGACAGACGUGCAAUCACCGUUCAGCAGAUCUGUGCUCACCGCCUGCCGAUGGAUCAAUUGCGCCGAAGUGUGCUUCACAGGCUUUGGGACAAGCGCGUGCGCAUAUCGGACAUGGAGUACAGAAGGGACCGGUUGCGGAAAUCGUUUCAAAGUGGUCCUGCGCAAGGCUUGCUCGAACGGCUGGUCGCUCAGCGCUUUGCACUGACCUGCUUCGCACAAGUGGCGAUGCAAUCGCUCGUGUCAGCAGCAGCCUCGGCACUUCUCGAAGCGUUCAGAGAUGCCAAGAGCUUGCAGGCAGAGCUCUGUCAGAGGCACAAAGAGGCCGACCCUGAAUGCUUCUUGAACUACUUCGGCCUGCAGCGCUUCGGAACGCGCCAAGUGCGGACUCACAAAGUCGGUGCAGCGAUCAUCUCCGCCGAUUGGCAGAAGGCAAUUCGAUUGAUCCUUGGUGAAGUCGACGCGAAGCCCUGCGCAGGGAACAGCGAGGGACACAAGCGCUCCAGCGAGGAGGUGCUCGGUCCCUCAAAGAAGCAGCGUUGCCGCCUUGAAGCCGAAGAUGAAGGCAUGCCUGCAGCCGGCUCCUCGAAAGUCUUGGCCAUUGCCCGUGUCUACUCGACUCAUGCCCCCCCACGACCAACAGUCAAAGUGCAAGCGACGGAGGAAGAGGAGGGCGCAAGCCAGACGCAAGAGGACAAUGAGGGGGAGAAGGAAAGGGGAAGAAAGGGUGACGGAAAGAACGGCAAAGGUCUUGGAAGCACAGCGGCUUUUUCUGGCACCGGCCUCAGUGAAUAUUGCAAGGGUCCUUUGAAGCUCCGUCAGCAUUUGGAACGAUGUCUUCUCGGCGCUCUUGCUCGUGGCCUGUCGGAUGCAGACACGUUGAGCCAAUUGCCUCACCAGGCGGUCUCGCUGUAUGCUCACGCAGCUCAGAGCCUGCUGUGGAACGCGGUCCUGUCCCGAAGGAUCCGCGAGUUUGGGCGAGAGCCUCGCAUCGGAGACCUUAUCAUGGUGGCCUCAGCUGCGGGCCAGGCCGGCUGCACAGGCUUGCCGGACGAACUGGACGAUGCGAAUGAAGCGUUGUUCGAAGAGCUCGGAGAGCAGAAAUGUGGCACUUGCGGCUCAAGCCGCCCAAGCCCCUCUCCUUGGCCAUUAGCUGCAGGUAUGGCAGCCAAGCCUACCGUUCAUGCUGUUAGCUUCGGUGAUCCACCGGAUCCCACCAAAAUCACAACAUAUCCUGGAGUUGCUCGACGUUAUCUUCCCCAUGAAGCAUUGGUCAUCUACAGGGAGAAAAUCUAUGCGGAGAGAAAGGCCUACCAGACGCCAUCUGGAGAUCGUUGGUUCAAGGAGCACAGGCGCAAGCAGCGAGAGAUGGAGAAGGUCGAGAAGCAGAUCAAAGAUUUCAGGGAGUCUCGCAGGGAGUUUGUGCGGAGCCUGUCCUUGCCGAGCAUUUCUGCGAGGGAGCAGUGA